AUGGGAAGCAGAUGUGGCUUUGUGGCGUCUGAUUCUCCGUCUCCGUCGGUGCUGGGAGUCCACAUGAGGCGCUUGUCUGCUCAGCAUCUGUCGUACGCAGCUAUAAACGCUCCGGAGCUGGUGGCGGCUGCAGGGAGCACUCGAGCUGCGGUGAAGCCACAUCUCUACAGUCACAUGGGAACAAAGGACCCUUCAGAACGCUAG